UGGCGGGAAAGCCCUCCGAGUCUGGCGCGGCUAAGGCACCGCGGAGGAAGGGCAAGCCUUUGGCGGAAGAAACGAUAGAGCACUUCCGGUGGGGAUGGCUGGACGGGCGCCGGAAGGGGCUGCGCUUGGCCUGGAGCGGAGGAGGCCGGAGUGACGGGAGUGGGUGAAAGAGGGAAGCGGGAGGGGCGGAGAGGCGCCCGGGUUGGUCGCCCGCCAAGCAGGCCUUGGCUUCGUCCCGCUCCCGGGGACCUGGCCGUGUUGCCCGUCUCCUUCCCUGAGGCGGGAGCGGGCCUCCUUGGGGGGAAAGCGGGGCCGCUUUGUCUUCCCCGCUCCCCCCUUCUCCUCCUCCUCCUCCUCGCUCUGCGGGAAGCGGUGGGCUGGCAUGGGGCGCCAGGGAACCCGGAGGCCGCGGAGUUGGCGGGAAGAAGGGCCCCGCAUCGCCAUGGACUGAGCUCUUGGAGGCAAAUCAAGUCUGAACCUCUGCCAGAAUAAACCCUAGCAUGGCUCUGAAAGUUUUGAAUUUUGAAGUAGCUUGAUUUUAUUUCUCAGCCCAGACAGGGCUAGAAAAAGAUGCCUGACCGUGACAACAGCUAUAACGGUAGUGGGAAUGAUGAAGCGAGUGCCAACUCCUAUGUCAUCUGCCGGGAUUUCCUGCGCAACGUCUGCAAGCGAGGCAAGCGCUGUCGCUUCCGCCACCCUGAUAUCAAUGAGGUGACCAACCUUGGAGUCAGCAAGAACGAGUUCAUCUUCUGCCAUGACUUCCAGAACAAGGAGUGUGUCCGUAUCAACUGCCGCUUCAUCCAUGGCACUAAGGAGGAUGAGGAUUGCUAUAAAAAGACCGGAGAGCUCCCUCCGAGGCUCCGCCAGAAAGUGGCAGCUGGGCUUGGCCUUUCCCCAGCUGAUCUCCCUAACAGCAAGGAGGAGGUACCGAUUUGUAGGGACUUCCUCAAGGGGGAUUGCCAGCGUGGAGCCAAAUGUAAAUUUCAGCACCUGCAGCGGGAUUACGAGUAUGAUGCCCGGGGUCUGACUACCCGGGAGCAGGGCAUCACCACUCCUGUGCGUCGGUACGACCCAUAUGACCCGAUGUAUGACUCUGACCGGUGCUAUGAUGACCACGACCCUGUGCUUAAGCGGCGGCGGGUAGAUGGGCUCCACUUUGAGACUUAUGAGUACAACUUCACCAGUCCACGUACAGUAGAGUACCGGCUCUUGGAAGAAGAAAAUAUCAUGCUCCGCAAACGUAUUGAAGACCUCAAGAAGCAGGUGAACAACCUCCUGGCCACAAACGAGGUCCUCCUGGAACAGAACGCCCAAUUCCGCAACCAGGCCAAGGUGAUGACUCUCAGCUCCACCGCAACAGCCACCGAGCAGACUCUGGCACCCACAGUGGGCACUGUCACUAACUACAAUCAUAGCAUUGCCCAGACUCACACUACCUUGAGUAGUCAGGCUCUGCAGCCACGGCCUGUCUCCCAGCAGGAUUUGGUGGCUCCAGCUGGAGCACAGGCAGCCCCUCCCAGCAACGCAGCACCUCCUAUGAACCCCGAAAUCACCCCACUGUCAGCAGCUCUGGCUCAGACCAUUGCUCAGGGGAUGGCUCCACCCGUCUCCAUGGCACCUGUAGCUGUCUCAGUGGCUCCAGUGGCUGUGUCCAUGGCUCAGCCCUUGGGGGGCAUCACCAUGAGCCAUGCCACCACGCCCAUGGUGACAUACCCUAUAGCCUCCCAGAGCAUGAGGAUAACAGCCAUGCCUCACUAACCCACAUCCAGGGGAGGUGCCCUCAUUCAGUCUGUGCUACCCCUAAAUCAAGGGGAAAUACUUGCAAGGAUCUUUUUCUGUCCUGUUGAAGGAUAUAGAAAAGAUAAUGAAAUUGGUUUCGUAUGUGAAUCUGAAAGUCACCAGAAUUCUCAUUUCUACACACUGGGGAAGGACAGUCGCUUGGGCUGACGAUUUUCCUCAAGCAAGCGUAUGUGGCUCCCCCCACCCCCUCACAAAAUAGCAGCAGGACUCAGGGAUGACAGAACUAGCAAAGCAAUUUGGAGAGUGCCGUAAUCUCAUAGCCUCUGUGUGUAUUUUGUAUCUGUUUUGCAGCUUGUCCAUCCUCAUGGAAUUUACCCACCAAAUCCUUUGAGUGUAUUAAUUCAGCAAAUUGCCCUGCUUAAUGGAAACAUUGCUUGCACACACAUGCUUAUUUCUCCGGUGGACCAGAGAAAAUACAGCUUUGCUCCCUGCUACUUGCCACUGAAAAGAAGAGAGGCUUUUGUUGACUUGGUCAAAGAAAAGGCUGAGGCUCAACCAGCGCAAGCUCUAAAAAGAGCAGAGACUCAGGCAGACUUUUCUUGGAGUAGUAUUGCAGACUCUCAUGUUUAAUCCAAUUUGUCUCUCUUGGUAUAAUAUACAGAUGAAUAUGCUGGAAAAGUCCUAGGAAAAACCAGAUUUAAUAUGGUUUCCUUCUGACUUGAACGGGAGUGUAAGUUAAAAUUGUGUGUUUAGAAAGAGCAGAGUCAACGUUCUUAGUGUUACUAAAGCUUUUGAGUAGAGGUGAUUGCAGAGAUACACAAAGAUGACAUUUUUGUAUGCAUUUCUGAGUUCUUAAAGAGUUUAGGAUGCAGUGACAGGAUCUCUUGGAACCAUCCAAAAGAUGGGCAUCUUAAUUUCCCAUCCACACAUGCAGGGUCACCUGGUGCCUUGUAAUAUCAGAAACCAUUAAUGAGUUGUCUCCCACUCUUUUCUUUCCACUGCAGUCUUUACUGCCUUCUGCCCGUACCUCAUGUCAGAAUUUCUCUCACUUCCAAGGAAUUUGUUGUUUGUAGGGGCUUUUCUGCUCUGCACCGCUUCAUGUUUUGUUACACAACAACAACACAUUUUUUUAAAAAAAAUACAAGAAACCUCCCCCAUGUGUUUUUAUUUGGUCUUUUGUUUUCUUCUUGAUUUCCUUUUUAUUGGUUGAUGUGAAUGUGAAUUUCAGCUCCUCCUUGGGUCAAAAGUAGCCUUUGCGUUUUUGUGUUUCAUUUGGAUUGGUUUUUAUUAGAAGGUUUUAAAGAAAAUGAGGAAAAUGUUUCAUAACCCAGCUGUUUCUACUGUUAACAGUGCAAAUGUUUUCAGCUAUUAAAGCAAAUGUACAGUCAUCACAAAUAUUCAGUGGUUAUAUGAUUUUAUAUAUAGAUUUAAAAAUGCUUAUUUUCUUACUGUUUCCCUGGUGUGUUGCUUGCUCCACAUGCAUUUUGGAAUUUCCUUUUUGAAAAUGUUUGAAUCUUGAAAUAUAUUCUCCUAUGAAGUUUCCUAAACAUUAACAGUAUUGCAGGAGAGAAUGGGAGAAUGAAAGCCAAUGUGUGGGGAUGGAUCUAGAAGAGUCUUGAUUUUGGGGAAAAUUGUAAUCUUGAUUGAAGGUUGAGGUCAACCAAGAUUGAUCACCUUGAUUCAUUUAACUAGGCUGCAAACCUAGGAGGAUAUCCCUUUUCUGUCAGUGUUAAAAUGGGUUUGGAAACUUGAGAAGAAUAUAAUCAGGUAGGUUAAAUAAAGAUUUUGUUUUAUAAGUG